CAGCAGCUGUAACGACGGUUGAACUCGCAAUUGAAGAUACUAGUAUUGUAGUUCUGUGCUUGUACAAAGCUUAAUAAUAAUAUUAUCGUCUAUUAUUAUUAUGGUAGGUACCUUUAAUCGGAGUUGUACUCAACUUUACUGAUAUAGACUCUUUACUCUUUUGUAAACCGCCAUAUUCAUCAGUAGGCUUUUAUCUAUGAUAUUCAUUAUUCGCGGAUAAGACGUGUUGUGAUUUCUGAGUGCACCACUGCUGCGUUCGUGUCCCUUUGAAUCUAAAAAAUUUGAGGUCUUGCGGUUCAGUGUAACUUCCCGGCCUUAUAUUCUUGUCUAUCGAACGUUGGUGGUGGAUGAAUCCGAUAAACGCAAGUUUUGCGCGCGUCUUUUUCGGUAGUAUAUCGUUAUUUCUUAUUUAUAUUAACUUAUAAGUAUUAAUAUAUAAUACAUUCGGGUCUCGUGAUUUUCGUUGUUUCGUCUAUCGCAGCUACAUAUAUUUUGUAAUUUUGUAUCACCAAAUAUUAAAUAAUCGACCUGAUACGUCUCCGUGAACAACUUAUAUUUCAGCGUUUGAUUUGACCCAGUCGCGUUGUAAUAUUAAAUUUAAUCAAUCGCGUUUUACACAUCAGGAAGACCCCUGUAUGUUUUAAUUAGUUUCUAUCAAAUAUACGUAGUGCCUGUGGCCCAUGCCCAUUUAAUGCAUUAGCGUUGUUCAUUAUGUUAGAAGAUAUCAAAAACAUAAUGAAUUCUAAGAGGAUCAACAACGAUUCGAAGGCAUCGUGUGCAUUUGUUCAGGAUACAAAAACGGGAGAGUUAUAUGAUGUGAAGACUGACAGUGAAUUUCUCUUUGGGCGCUUGCUGAAAUCCUCAAUAGUAAUUGAACAAUUAUACAUUUCUCGUUCUCACUCUACCAUUAGAUAUGAAAAUGAUCAAUAUCUCCUUAAGGACAAUAAUUCAUGCACUGGUACAUACUUGAAUUACAAAAAAAUUAAAGAAGAAGUUCCAUUAACAAAUGGAGAUCUUAUCGCCUAUACAGAUAAGUGUAAGACCUGGGAUUUUGUUUACAAGUUCUGCUUAAUAUCAAAUCCUAAAAAGAAAUGCAGAUUAGAAGAAGAAAAUUCUGCUGCCAUGAGUAAUGGCAAAUUUAAAACCGUGGUAGAGCAACUUCAAAAUCAAGUAAAUGAAUUGAAAAAUGAUAAAGCAAAUAUUCUCAAUGAUGUCAACGCUCAAAGAGAUGAAUUUAAAAAAUUGAUUGAUUAUGCAACAGAAACGAAUAUCAAAAUUAAUAAAGAAAUGAUAAAACUUCGAGAACACAAUGAAACCCUAAAAAAAGAAGUGGAUACAUGUCAAACAGCUGUAAAAACGCUUGAAACAGAUAUGACGAGUGAUAAAGUCGCUAAGGACCAAAAACCUGCGGAGGAGUUAACAAGCAAAAUUAAUAAACUCUUAGAAAAUGAUUUUCAAUGUGCUAUUUGUAAUGAAGUGAUCAUUCGGCCAAGUUUAGCUAAUUGCAAUCAUAUUUUUUGCGAAAGCUGUCUCAGAACAUGGUUGUCUAGAAGCAUUUAUUGUCCCACCUGUCGGAGUCAGGUGGUUACUACAACUUACUGUCUUCCCUUGGAUAAUUAUAUCACAAACUUAUGUGAUCUUUUGGGUGGAACAAUAAGAGAACAACGUGUUGCUCUACAAACUGAAAGAAAUGGGCAUCCACCUCAAGUGGCUAAAAGAGGUAGAAGAAAAGGGGGGGCAAAUCAAUCAAACCGCAGUAGAAGAGAAGUACCUCCAUAUGAACUAAUUGAUAGCGACCCAACCAGAAAUAACCCUAGAUUUUCUAACGGGCUGCACGGCGUUAUCGAAAUUGUAGAUCUUACAAAUAGUACUCGAUAAUGUUAGUUAUUUCACAUAAUAUUUUGAGCAUACUGAAAUGAUUAUUUUAUAUCUGAUCGCUCAUUUGCAACUUGAAAAUACUAAAUUCAUAAGUUAAUGAAAUCUUAAUGUAUUCGUUUUUAUUACAAUGAGGCACCAAUGUUCAAAAUUUUUUUUUUAUACUUAAGUUUAAUUUAAUAUUAAAUAUAGACUUAAGAAUCCAUUAGAAACAUAUUCUUUUAUAUUAAUAAAAAAUGUUUAAUAAAAGUAUUCUAUUAUAAAUAUUAAUUCUGUAAUUCUGAUAUUUGUGUUAAUAAACUUUUUUUUUAUAUUUACUAUUUAUUUGUGAUUGACUAUUUCUGCAUUACAAUAACAUUUAUUAGUUAAUAAGGUAUGAAUUUAAUCUAUUACAACAAUUUUCAGUUUGUAUUCUUAUACAACAUUUUGAUCUGUCUCCAGAAUAUGGAGUUAUUAGUUUUCAUUUAGGCAACAAAAUAAAUCUUUCUUGGUUCCACACUUUAAUUAUCUUUUUGAGGUUUUGGAAUUGGAUUACAUUCUGUUUAAUGUUUUUAGUUUAUUUACAAGUUUUAUUUUCCAAUAUUAAAAAAAUGUAAAAUAGGUUGUACCUACUUUUUAUUUGAUAUCCAGAGCUCC